AUGGACGGGGCUUCUACGACGGUACCACCCAGUUCCGUGUCCGGUGGUGUAGCACAAUUGGAUCGUCUGACGCUCACUCAGCUAGCGCGCACCAGCGAUGUCCUGGCGGAUGAGCCGCUACAAGCACUUACACGACUGGCAGCAACGAACCAGUCUUGCCAGGUCCUGGAAGCGAUAUCCAAAACUGCCCUCGUACUACGGGACGCCCCGACCGCCGCACCGUGUGGUACGACCAGUCUUGGCUUGGAGGCUCUGCCGCAAUGCUCCAGCGCGUAUGCUCCAGCUGCGACCAUCCCGGAGACGUGCGUGACGCUGUUCCACGUCCACAACAUCCUUUUGCAGGCAGCCUACGCUAGCCAGCAAGACUUCGACGUGUGGACGGAACUGGUGCAGGCGGGUGUGGAGCUGUACCUCCGUAAAGCGCCACGGCACAUCGUGGCGUUCAGCAAUGCGAACCUGGAGCCCAUCUUAGAUGCUUUGGCACAUCAGGAUCUGUGGCGCUUUCAGUACCUGCUGUGGCAGCGUCUGCUGGCCCACAUUCCCACCUGGGACUCGAUGCAAGACUUCUGCAGCGUCAUUCAUGGGUGUGAGCUAGCAGCGCAGGAGGCCACGACGGCUGCUACAGCCGCCGCCGCCGCUGCAGCGGCUGGAGCGGGACUGGGCGGUGGCAGCGUGGGUGUAGCCGGGGAUGUACCGGCCGACGGAGUACUUGCCGACAUGCCCGGGAGCUGGUCCGCGGACAUGCACGGCUCACAUGGUGGUUUUGUACCUGACAUCGGCGGCUUCGGCCUGCCUUGGGCGUCAACAGCGGGGCAAAUCGACGUGCUGCCUUCCAUCGGACGGAAAGUCGAAGCGCCAAACCUUCAGACAGCAACCGCAGCAGCAACCUCCCAAAUCGCGGCUGCCACAGCUGCUGCUGCUGCGUCUGCGCUGUAUGAAAGACAGGCGGAGCUUGCGGAGUACAGCAUUCUGAUGCGGGAGUGCAUCCGGGAGGCGCUAGAAGGCGCGGCAACGCGGGGCUUGGCGUCCUCGCCACAGCCGCAUGCCGCUGCACAGCAGUUGUUGGAGGCCGUAACGCUGUUCGAAGCGCGGCAGCGCAGCGCAACCACGCUGACGGCCCUCCGCUGCGCCUUCAUCCCAACGCCGGAUUGGCUGAGCCGGGUAGCAGCUGCCGGCGUGCAGGGAUCCGGAUGGUUGAGCGCGGCACAGGUGGUAAAGCUGCUACAAGACCUAGAUGCGCUAGCCCCGCAGCCCGUUGAGUCCCAGGGGCAACCAAGCCGCUGGCUCAACGCGACGGGGCAGGCCGCAGCCGAGCGCGCCGUGCUUCGCCACAUAUCCAGCCGCGCAUGGUCUCCCCAGCAGGCUAUUUCGGUCAUAAAGGUCCUUGUGGGCAAGUGUAGAGGGCCCCCAGGAGACCAGUUGUGCGGCGUUACAGAAGGCCUGUUGCUGACCUGCAGUGAGGCGUGGCAGGAUGCGGGCUUGAUGUGCGCGGUUCUCCAGGAGGCUGUUGAGUUUGCCUCGCCGCCAGAUGGCAGCGCUGCUGAGGGUUCCUCCUCAGCGACCGCCCUCACGGUGGCGCACCUGUCGUUGGCCAGGGCGGCGCUCAACCGAGCCAGCUACCUAGUGGAAUCUACAGCGCCCAGGACUAACGACGGUGGCGACACCGCUGCCGCACCUGAAACGGACACCAGCGCCUCAGGUUCAGGACGGGUGAUGACGGGUCCGCGCAUCUGGCGCAGCCGGGAGUUCCUGUACGAGCGAUAUCCCCGGUUGUUGCAGGCAGCCCGCCGCUUUGGUUACCCUUUGCAGGCGUUCCGGUUACAGGAGUACGUGGACGAGCUUUACAACCACUUGGCAGCGUCUCCAGGACACGAGCUAGUGGCUGUGGGGCCCGAGGGGCUUGCGCUCGCGCUGCAAGCAGUGGUCUCCUCGCCUUGUUGCAGAGACCCGCAGUGGGCUGCCGCCUUUGAGCGUGCCUGCCUAAUGUUAAUCUCUGUACAGUUCUCUGUUGGUUACACGCACCCAAAGCGUUGGUUGGGCCUGCUAGAGGCGACGGUGAACACGCUGCCAUUUCCCAUGCCCGCGCUCGCCGCCGGCAUCAAGGCGCUCCUGGUGCGCCUCUGCGACACCCGGCGCCACGCCAAGUACUUCUGGCAAGUGCUUCCGCUGAUAGGCGCGCUGGAACGCCGGGCGGCAGCAGUUGCGUGGGGUCAACAUAGCCAUGACUUGCACGGCAUGGGCCAUCACCAAUCAGCCUCAGAUCAGAGCGCGGCGUCAAUGUGGACGCCGGUCUCCAGCAUGGGGGCUUCAGGCAAGCCAUCUUCCCCGGCAUCCAACCUCGCCGGUCGGUUACGUAUAAACGGUGUCAGUGUCGGCAAGACCGUGCUUGGGGGUGGCCCACAUCGCCGGGGGCCGCCCGGCACCAUGGCCCACCGCGGCAGUGCUAACGCGCUCCCUAGCGGCAGGAGCAGCGUUAGCAGCAGCGGCAGCGGCGCAGCCUCCUCCAGCCAACAGAACGCCGCCACGGCGGGUGCGGGCAACGGUGGCAACCUGCGGCCGGUACUACCGCCACCCGACAUUUCAAAACAUCACAUCAGCGAGGAAGAGUAUAAUCGCUGGUGUGAGGACUUGGGGCAGCGGCUGGCGCUCAGCAUGGCCUGCUUGUCUGAUCAGGACCGGGUCGCACAGCUUUCGGUCUUUGGCAUUGGCGCGACUGGGCCAUGA